GUUUUAGAGCAAUAUAAAAAAUGAUUGCUAGUCAUGAAGUCCAUAAUAAGCCUCAGACCACACAAGCAGCUCUCCCUUUUGAUAAAACUGCGACCACUUUCACCCAGUCUUUGAAUGGAUUCAUAGAAGCUCAGUCCUCUAAUACGUUAAGGAACAGUGUUGCUCCUAUAAGUUUCCCAAAGGCAAAAAGGUUUAACAAUCCUAUACCUCCUGGGGCAUCAGUACCGUUUUAUAACACUGCAAGGAAAUUUGAUAAGAAGAAGGGCACUGGAUUUGGAUAUGGAAAGAAGUUAGGACCUGUUAUGAAAUCAUAUUCACCAGGACCUGGAAGAUACGAUGAUCCCUCACUCUUGAGUUUAGCCAGGCUGAAAGACAGCAAGUUCAAAAACGCGAAGUUUGGUGGGGGCUAUGACAGAUUUAAGAUGACUUGUGAUAUUCCUAUAGGAAUUAAAAUCUACGAUGAUCGUGAUAAGCCUUGACCGAAUUUCUAUAAGGCCAAGAAAUACCCUCAAUACUCUAUGGGCAAGAAGCUGCCUGGGAUGAUAGAGAUCCUUGAGAAGAGCGCCGAGUUGCCUAGCCCAUUCCAUUACAAAAUAAAGACGGAAUAUGUCUUGCCAUCAAGGCAUAAAAAUGUUGGUUUUGGAUAUGGUGAGAAGAGUAAUAAAUAAAGACAAGGAGUUGUCCCCAGGCCCAGGAGAUUAUAACCUCAACUCUUUUACUGAUAAAUUCAAACCCUCUAUCUAUAGUAUCGUCAGGAAAAAGCAGAAGGGAGGUCUGAGCAGGAGCAUCCAACCGACACCCAGAGACUGUAGUCUGGCAAAACCACUUAGUGGAGGUGUCUUUGAUCCAAUGGGAGUUGUAACAAAGAAAGGCACCGUUGGUUUCAAUUAUCCUCCUCUGAAACAACCUGGUUACUUCAAAAGUGCAAAUAUGAUGUUUUAUAAGACUGAUGGAUUUAAUAAUAACCAGAAGAAGUUUGGAGCCUCCAAGAGAAUGUUAGAGGUUCAUAAAGGAUCUAAUUCUAAGAGUAUUAUGGAGAGCAAUGCUCAAAGUGUCAAAAAUUCCAUUAGUGAUUAAUCAUUAAAUCUUCAUAAAAGAAUUAA